AGCAAGUGGAAAGGUAGGAUUCGGUCAUAGCAAGCAACUCACAGAUCCUACGCGUAAUGGACCCAAAGAAAGAGACAAAGCCCUACUGGGCUGACCUUCUUCUCUAUAUAAGCUGAGGGAGGAUUUCCUUUCUUCUCCAUCUUCACUAUCAGUUCUGCAUUCUUUAGCCUUCAAAAGCUUGGGGUUUUGUUGAUUUGUUGCUAAAAAGUUAAAGUUUUCUUUUACCUGAAGUUCUUUUUGAAAAAGAAAUGGCAAUGACUCGAGUUCAUAACGUUUUGAUGUUGGUGUUGCUGCUGUUGAACACUGCAUGCAAUGCUCAACUAAUCUCUACAUUUUACGAUAGUUCAUGUCCAAAUGCUCUCAGUACAAUACGAACUUCUAUCAGAAAUUCAAUUGCACGUGAACGGAGAAUGGCUGCUUCUCUUAUUCGUCUCCAUUUUCAUGAUUGCUUUGUUCAGGGCUGUGAUGCCUCAGUUUUACUGGAUGAGACUUCAACUAUCGAGAGUGAAAAGACUGCACUGCCUAAUUUCCAGUCUGCUAGAGGUUAUGAUAUAAUUGAGAAAGCAAAGGCUGAAGUAGAGAAAACAUGUCCUGGUGUUGUUUCUUGUGCUGAUAUUCUUGCUGUAGCAGCAAAAGAGGCAUCUUCAUAUGUGGGUGGUCCUUCUUGGACAGUAUUGCUUGGAAGAAGAGACUCAACAACAGCUAGUCGAACUCUAGCAAAUACUGAACUUCCUAGUUUUAAAGAAGGACUUGACAGUCUUAUUUCUCGCUUUCAAAGUAAAGGCCUUGGUGCAAGGGAUAUGGUUGCUUUGUCAGGUUCUCACACCAUAGGUCAAGCUCAAUGCUUUACAUUCCGCGAUAGGAUUUACAACAAUGGGACUGAUAUCGAUGCUGGAUUUGCUAGCACGCGCCGCCGUUCUUGUCCAGCUGCCGGACUUGGCGGAGAUGCAAAUUUGGCUGCACUUGAUUUGGUUACUCCAAAUUCUUUUGACAACAAUUAUUUCAAGAACUUAAUGCAAAAGAAAGGUCUUCUUGAAUCAGAUCAAGUACUGUUCAGUGGAGGAUCUACAGAUAGCAUUGUUUCGGAAUAUAGCAGGAGUCCUGCAACUUUCAGUGCUGAUUUUGCUUCUGCUAUGGUUAAAAUGGGAAAUAUUGAUCCUCUAACUGGAACUGCUGGACAAAUAAGGAGGAUUUGCACUGCUGUUAACUAAUCUAUAUACAUAUUUCCAAAAAUUGCACCUUCAAGUUUCUGUUUCAUAAUUAAUUAAAUAUAUUGUAUAUGCAUGUACUUUUGUUUCAUGUUUCCUACAAUUAAUUUGUCAUCAACUGUAAAGAAAAUAUAUGUUUUUUUUUUCA